CGGAACAGCAUUUUUUCAGUAGAGAAACCGAAGAUUUUAUUGAAGAAUUUUCAAGGGCUGUGUGUGUUUCAGGUGCAUUCAACUUUUUUGUGGUAAUCCUAACAUCAAUGAAUUAUUUUCAGACUAUAUUUAAAAUCAUUAAUGUAUUUGUUGAUGAGUGCUCAUCUGAUAGGAUUGUGUUAAAUUCCCUUCAUUUGAACCCCGAUGGUGCAGGCUGUCGUGUAGCGCAUUUCCUGUAUUAUGAGCGUGAUGCUCGGUUGGCUUUAUUCAGGAUGAGUUGGCCAGUAUUAAGACAUAUUCUGCGGCGUUCAUGUAGAGUCAGGCGGCUAAUAACUCUAAUUGGAGCAGCAUCUUUACUUAUCUGGCUUGUGUUUUUGGUGGUUGAAGGAGAUAACCCAACAUUUUUGUUUGGGUCACACCAAGCAAUAGUUCAUCGUGCAAAGCCUCACACGAAUGGAAACCCCACGGGCAAUGGACAUAGAGUUUCCUCUCAAGGUGUGGAUGAUUUGAUGCCGUCUCCUCUUCUAAGAAGAGGUCCGGUCCCUAAUGUACUCGACUUCGGAGAAGCUAAACCUGACCACGAAAAUGUGGCCCGAGAAGUGAUUGACGCUAGAGAUAACGCCGAACUCAAGUCAGACAACAAAAUAAAAUUAGACGACAAUGCUGCCAGAGAAGAGCAUUCUGGUGAAGCAUUAGUUUUGCGAGAGAAGAACACUUUACAAGGAUUUGUAAGGAACAACGUAACUAAUGAGAACUUGAAUGCUGCUCAUGAUGAACAAGAAUAUAGCUUUCACCAACUCCCUGAGCACCAGAAAGAUACUCCCGAAGAGAAGUACGGCGCUUACAAUAACUGGAGGAACCUAACCUCAACCGAGAUCAACAGUUUGUCAGUGCUUGGUCGCCGCAUGUUCUUGAACGAAAAAAUUGGUCAUGAACAAGACAGGAUUUUCACAAUACAUAUUUGGAAGUAUGUAAAGCAUAUUGAAAAGAGAUUAUUGAAGAAAGGGUCGUCUGUAAAUUUUGACCCGCUCGAAGAUUGUUCUGUUAGCAACUGUAGAGUGACUACGGAAGAUGGCGAUGUCGAAGCUGCUGAUAUCGUGCUGUUCCAUUUGCACAGAAUCAAAGGUCCUCCAGUUGACGUCCCUAGAGCUCCUGGGCAGCUUUGGGUGUGGAUGUCCGACGAGAGCCCAUACAAUGUUUUUAUGGUAUCGAGUAAUCGCAUUCUGAGCAAUUAUAAUGGAUUUUUCAAUUGGUCAAUGACCUACCGAAUGGAUUCGAAUGUGCCAGUGCCUUACGGACGAACUGUUCCUCUACCUAAGGAUCAAUAUUUAGAUGAAAUAGAUGAUUACUACAAAAUUAAGCAAAAAAAUAUCAGCAUAUUAAGCUCUAAUUGCGGUGGCAUCAACGGAAGGUACAAGUAUAUUGCCGAGUUGCAGAAAUACAUCAAAGUUGACGUGUACGGCGGGUGUGGGCCACUCAAAUGUCCGGGUCAUUUUCACAACGACUGCGACAAGUUAAAUGAUUACAAGUUCUACUUGGCGUUCGAAAACUCAAACUGCGAUGGCUACAUAACCGAGAAGGUGUGGUGGAAUGCACUGAACAAAGCAGCUGUUCCUGUGGUGAUGGGGCCUCCUAAGCGAGACUAUGAGAAGCUUCUCCCUCCGAAAUCCUUUAUUCAUGUGGACGACUUCAAAAAUCCGCAGGACCUGGCGCGAUAUCUGACGUACCUUUUGAACAACCCUGCCGAGUAUCAGAAGUACCACGACUGGAGAAGACGAUACCGAGUACUCAACGAGCACGGGUACUUCCAGUCGCCGGUGUACCACAUUUGCAGACUCUGUGAGGCUCUCAACUACAACGACAAGAAAGAUCAGCGGGCUGACUUGGAGCAUUUCUUCCACAGAGAUAGCCAUUGUUAUCCGAGCCAGCAUUGGAGCUAGAAAAACCUCAUAUGGUGCCUAAAUACUCUCCAAUCUUUUCAUAUCUGUUAUGGUUGCAUUGACAGCUUUGAGAAAACGGACCUGUUUUCUAAUGAUACUUAAACUUACUUCACUUUCUCACCUAAAUUGCUAAAUGAUUUACUUUUAAAAUUGGUGGGCAAAACAUGUUUAGACCAUCAUAGACGACCUUCAAACUGCCAUGGAGAUAUUAUAUACAAGAUAAUUUUUCGACGUAUUAUAUGGACAUAUUCUAUCCAAGACAGUUAAUUUAUCCAAGUUUUAUCUGAGCAAGGUCGAUGAGCGCCCGCCAAGCGGUGGCGCGCGAUCUUGCAUCAGUGACAGGAAUGGAACGCAUGAAUAUAUUUCUGAUAAAAAAUAUGCAAUCAAGUCAAUGGUGUGACCUAUACUCAUGUGAAACACUGUACUUCUAGUUAUGGGAUUACAGUAAGUGGCUUAUCGUUACAUAUCAGCAUUAAUUCUUCAAUAAGCAGAAGCCAUAAAUCACACCGCAUCAAAUUGAACCUUUAACCAGUGCCUGCAUCAAAUGAAGAUGGCUGAGUUUUGAAGAUGUACUAUGUACUUGUAGUUAAAGCUCUGAAUUUGUUUCCAUAAUAUUAUAGCCCCCUUACUAACUCAAAUUUGUACUCUUCUUUUGAGAGCGUGAAUCUAGAUUCCUUAAUUACUUUUCUUAAUUAGAUUUUUUAAUUUAUCAAUUUAAAAUCUUGUUUCAAGUAGAUGAAGUUAUUUAAAUCUGCACGGAUCUGCUUUCCCAUUAUUACAUCAAGUUUUCUACUUUUUUAUCUAGCCUUGUUCUUCGUAAUUUUUAUCAUAAGGCACGUCUUCUAUUAUCAUCUCUUACAACUCAACAAGAACAACUAACCUUCAUCCAUAGUUCAGAAGACAGUAAUAUCAUAUCAUUAUCCUAGUGAUGUCGGCGCUGAAGAAUA